AUGAUGCGCUUUUCAUCCUGGGCUAGCUGGCUCGUGACCGCCUACGUAGGGAUCGUCCUGGCCGCAACGAACAUAACUUCUGGCAUCAUGGAAGUGGACCUCGUGUUCCCACGCAACGAGACCUACGCACCGACAUCAUCACUUCCCGUGGUUUUUGCUAUCAAGAAUCCGGAGCUCCUUCCACUACUUUCCAACUCCAUCACGUUCACGGCGCACGCAUGGGAAAACCUGGAACGUUUUCCCAUCGCGGCCACUUAUGAUCUGAGAUGGAGAAACUUCAGCAGCAGCGACCCUUACUUUGUAUAUUACACGUUCGCUGGGUUUGAAACUGAGGAUGUUUGGUGGCUUACAUGGAGUUUCGGCUGGACCGGUUGUACCGAGGAAUCUUUGUCUCAUAAAAAAGUCAACUACAGCGACUAUUCCACCUCUCUUACCUUUACGACAAAGACCUCUGGACAAGCGAUAGAUCUCGUCGCCGGUACAGAGAGCGAUAAUUGUCCCGCCGACUCGGGAGUUGCCAUUGAAGUAGCAAGUACACUUGAUGUCCCGAUUGGUGUGAAUAACUGGGAAGGCGGUGAUACGUGCGCUGUGCUUGCCGACUCGACUCCCGCGGCGACUCCAUGUGAGGUCAAGAUCGAUGCCGUCGCAGCUUCCAGCAUUGCUGCCUCUAUCGCUCACAAUGCCUGCAGAGCAACACAAGUAGUCGGCUGCGACGAUGAUGAGAGUGUAGCCGCCCGUUUAGCUGUCGGAGUAGUAACAAUCUUGGCCGCCGCAUUCGGAUCGUUGGGAUUCCUCUUUUAG